AAGAUCGAUCGACUCAUGGAGAAGUUUGCGAGUAGGAUCUGUGAAACGAACCCAAAUGACGAUGUGUUUGCUAGUUCAGACGCUGCCUACGUUCUGGCUUAUUCUAUCAUGAUGUUGACUACUGAUCUACAUAGUUCACAGGUUAAACGGAAGAUAACGAAAGAGCAGUACAUUCAAAUAAAUCGUGGUAUAAAUGACAGUAAAGAUCUUCCAUCUGAAUAUCUUGAAGCAAUUUAUGAUGAUAUUGCACAGAAUGAAAUCAAGAUGAAACAUACACCAAAAGUGAACAGUAGAUACGAUGCUACAUAUUUGCAAAGUGAGAAACAUCGUCGUAUGUUGUAUUCUAUGGAAAUGGAGCAGAUGGCGGAAAACGCCAAAAAACAAAUGGAAGACGUGAGUCAUAUUCAGACGGAUCUCGUCACUGCGACACAGAUUGGUCACGUGAAGACAAUGUUCAAGGUUGCAUGGAGUCCGUUUCUUGCCGCGUUCAGCUUCAAUCUACAAGACAACGACGAUUCUUCUGUUUCUUCAUUUUGUCUUGAUGGAAUCAGCUGUGCAAUACGAAUAUCUUGCAUAUUCAGCAUGCCUUUGGAAAGAAAUGCUUUCGUACAAGCGCUAUCCAGAUUCACUUUACUUACUGCGACCAGUGGCACGCAUAUUCAUGAAAUGAAAACGAAGAACAUGGAGACGAAAAAUAAUAACAUAUUAUAA